CGUACGAGUGCGUAUAUUUUAAUAAGUUUUUCCUGUUCGCGGGUAAAAAUCACGAGCCAAUGGGAUGAUUCGUUCUUGAUGACGUUCAUGAUGACGUCAUCGAAGAGAAGAUUCUUAUGCUAUUUAAAAGUGAGCGCGCACGUGAAAGAGAAAAAGAGAGAGAGAGAGAGAGAGAGAGAGAGAAAGAGAAAGAAAGAAAGCACUAGCGUAAGCGCUAUAAUUUACAUGAAAGCGAAUUUGAGAUCGAUCUCGUUACAUUACUAUCUUCGAUAAAUCGUCGGCCAAUCGUCGAUCGUAUUGAGAACUGUAUUGAUCUUUUUCUUGUUGCUUUUGUUUGAUGUAAUAUGGCCGUUAGGUCGGUCUCGAUUCGUUUCACGUGUUUCGUUUUUCAAAGUAUAACUUCGUAAAACAUCGUGAGAUUUCGUUUCGGUAGAGCCAAUCGGAAGCCUAGCGUGUCUAAGCAGGUGUUUUCGCGUAAUAAUAUACAUGCUAAUCGGAGCAGCCGAAUUUUCGGGUAAAGUAGUCCUCGUCAGUUAGUUCCUUGUUCGGUGGUCGGCCGUUAUACAUAUACGUAAAUAGAUUCGAAUAUACGUAAACUUCGACUCGUUUAAACGAGAAUAUUCAAAUUCGUGAACUACUUUUCAAUUGAUACCUUCUAAAAGAAUCGAAAAGAAUCGAAAACAAAGUUGUAAUCGGAUAAAAAAAGAAAAAAAAACAAAAAAAAAACAAAAAAAGAAAAACAAAAAAACGUCGAAGAAGCGAGUUUUAAUUACGUGAAAAGAAAACAUUCGAUGUAUUAUUAUUUGUUAAUUUCUUCAGGGACGCACCGGCACGCACGUAAACGUAUUAAUUUAUUUCAUCGAGUUCAAAUAUUUCUUAUAAAAGAAUAAAAAAGAGAAAAAGAAGAAGAAGAAAGAAAAGACGAAAAUACGACGAAUUUCUGUUCAUUAGUGUGAUUUUCGUGAGGAAGGAUAGAAUGCGAAGGAUACCAUGAACGUACCCAUCGUGUCAGGCGACAUCGUGGACGAUGAAGAAGAUUACAAGCCACGUUUCGUCAGGGGGUCUGAUCCGAGGGUCGCGACUUGUAGAGGAAAAUUGCAGAAUAAACGUAGCAAAUUGAAUCAGGAGAUAAACAAGGAGCUUCGAUUGCGCGCAGGCGCAGAAAAUCUUUUCAGAGCUACGACGAACAGAAAACUCAAGGAGACCGUAGCUUUGGAAUUGAGCUUCGUCAAUUCGAACUUGCAGCUGUUGAAAGAACAGUUGGCGGAACUGAAUAGCUCGGUGGAACUCUAUCAGAAUGUUGACGGAGAGGAUCCUGUAAUGCCAAUGAUACCUUUGGGUUUAAAGGAAACCAAGGAUAUAGAUUUUCGUGAUCCAUUCAAAGAUUUUAUCCUAGAGCACUAUAGCGAAGAUGGGGAGAAUUAUGAAGAAGCUAUUGCCGAACUUAUGGAGACAAGACAGGCAACGAGAACACCGACAAGAGACGCAGCAGGUAUAGCCCUGCUUUUGCGUUAUUAUAAUCAGCUUUAUUUCAUCGAAAGACGCUUUUUUCCACCUGACAGAAGUCUUGGAAUACAUUUCGAGUGGUUCGAUUCUUUGACUGGCGUACCAAGUCGUCAACGUACUGUUGCAUUUGAAAAGGCAUCGAUUCUGUUCAAUGCUGGCGCACUUUACACACAGUUGGCCGCUAAACAAGACAGACACUCUACUCGUGGGUUAGAUCAAGCAGUCGAUGCUUUUCUUAGAGCCGCUGGAACAUUUCGAUAUAUUCAUGAAAAUUUUACCAAUGCACCGAGCAUGGAUCUUGGACCUGACAUGCUUGAAAUGCUCGUUCAAUUAAUGCUGGCACAAGCGAGGGAAUGUCUGUUCGAAAAGUUGGAACUACAAUCGAGAGAAGGAAGAACUAUCGACAUUUCCUUGGAUUUAGCUCAAGAAGCUGCACAAGUUGCCGCUGUUUAUAACGACGUUCACGCCCUGAUAUCUCGGGAACCAGUUCGUGAUUAUGUCCCAGAAACUUGGAUCUCUUUGAUAUUGGUUAAACGCGAGCAUCAUUUAGCACUCGCUCACAAACAUUUAGCUGCUGGUUUACUUGAUAGACCGAUAGCUGAAUUUCGAGUAGAAACGAAACUAACAUUGGAACAUAUUCAAAAGAGCGAUGGGAAAACGCAAUUGGAAGUUACCGUGCCUAGAGAUGACAACGAAAGAAAACUUUUAGGAAAAGCACAUUUAAGGGAAGCUCUGGUUUUGCACGAGGAAAGCCAACGGCUACAAAGAAUGUGCAGAGAAUUGAAAGGCAAACAGGCGCUGGCGAAGGUCUUGAAAAAAGGACACGAAGCCACGCUCGAUAUGUAUAAUAAAAUUGGCGACGAAGAUGAUUUUCGGGAAUUAUUAGAUCCCCCAGAUAUCAUUGCGUCUACUAAAUUUCAAUUGAGCAUCACACAUCCGGAUUUUGGCCAACAUGGAGUUGAGGAUCUAUUUAGAUCAUUGGGACCAGUAGCUAUAUUUUCUGCAAAAAGGCAUUGGACCGCACCGAGAAACGUUCAACUUCAAAGAGGACCAGACGGUGAAGGUUUCGGAUUUAGCGUGCGCGGUGAUUCGCCAGUAAUUAUAGCUGCCGUUGAUCACAAUUCUUUAGCUGAAAUGGCUGGUAUGAAGGAAAGUGACUUUAUAGUCGGUAUCGGUGAUAAGGAUGUGAAAUGGGCUUCUCAUGAACAAGCCGUAAGAUUGAUAAAACAAUGUGGUGACUUCAUUAAUCUAAAAUUGGUCACACCUAUGGAUAGAAAUUACAUGAAGAAACCCGGAAAGCCAAGUCAGCAUGACAAAGGUAGCGUUUCAGCUAGUAGUUCAUCGGGAGUGUCUUCUGGUCAACCAAGUCCAGCUGGUUCGGUUACAACCGCUCACGUUACAAGGAGAUUACCAUGGAAUCCUUUUAAGAAGACGGUUAAUCAACGAGACAGCAGGGAUCUUACAUUUGACAAUGUCAUCUUAAGAUGAUCGUUGAGAAAUCAAAAAUUACCUUUAAGGGCACGUAGAGCCAACCAGCUUUUAGUUGCGUGCCUCGCAUUCGGUAGUAAGAUGGUACUUACCAUCGUGUGUAUUUAUGUAUGACACAAAGAGAAUAAAUAAUCGGGUAUACGUAGAUUAGAUCGAAUCGUGUCUUUUUGAAAAUGUAUAUAUUUAUAUAUAUGUAUAUAUAUAUAUAUAUGUAUACAUACAUGUACACUUGUGUGUGUGUGUAUGUAUGUGUGUAUGUAUAUAUACAUAUACAAUACAUCUGUAUAAUCCUGUCUUUACAUCACGAACAUUUGCAAAUGUGUUUUCAAUAUAAAAACUCGAUGGAUUUGUAGAUAUUAUAAUUAUCGUUUAGAAUGAAAUAUAAAGGCUUACGCGUUAAGAAAAUGUAAACGUUAUACGAUCAUUGUCGUCGAAUUGUAAAAUGUGUGCAGUUUAUUAUCGAUCGUAUAAAUAUCGUUUCAAAUGUGUAACAAUAAAUAGGUAUAUAUAGAUUCGUAAUUAUAAUCUCAUGUAUAGUUAUGUGUUAUAUAUACAUAUAUAUAUAUAUAUACACUAUGCCAAUGUUUGUCAUUUUACGCGAUCGUAGAUUUAAUAUAUACCUAUACAUUACGUUUGCAUUCGUUUAUUGAUUACAAUUAAUUAAUUCUUUCAAAACAGUAUCAGCGAUAAUGUAAAUAGAGAGAGAGAGAGAGAGAGAGAGAGAGAGAGAGAAAGAGGAAAAAAGAGAGAAAAUGAAUGAGAGAGUGAUGUCACGACUCAACGUAUUCUCAUAAAUAUUCUAUAUAUUGGAAGUUUCCAUUGUCCUCAUAGAGACACUCGUUAUGAGCAUCAAUUACUUUUUUGUAAAUUUUCUAUCUGUGCUUACGUAAAAUACUCUGUAAAAUAUAAAUUGAAUAAAAAAUAUCUUCGAUUAAUAAAUAUGUAA